AACAUAAUAGUAAAACAGAUUGUAGUCUAUGGAGUGAGUGGUGUUAUAUUUGUCAAUUUCAUGACGGUAAAUACGUAAAUGUGUGAAAUUUGGGAUUAUUCCAUUGAGCAUAAGGAUAUUUAUGUGAAUAAAUAUUCGGCCUGCUUAGACAUGGAUCUAUACAUAACAGAUUCACUCCAAGACAUGCUGGACAUGGAUAUUAAAAAUGAAAUAGCAACAGAUUUAAGCAGUAUCACAGAUUUUCCUGACUCUCUAGGACUGAACUUUUCAGAGCUACCACCGUUGUUAGAGCUGGACACCGACAACUCAGUAACAUGGCUCAAUAACUCUUCUAGUUUCGUACAUAAUUUAGAUUUAUAUGGUUCAGAGGCGAACGCUGUGAUGGUCAAUCCUAACUCCGUGAUGCCUUCCACAUUCGCGGAGACGCCAGUCAAGAACAUCGUCAAAGAGGAAGCGUCAAACCUCCUAUUAACUUCUGCAGCAAGCAGCGAGAAUAAUAGCAACGCAUUACUAGCGAGCCCAAAAGAAGAGAAAAGUCAUCUCACGUUCUCACCUAACACUAUUAAAGUAACCAAAAUACAAGAGGCCGAGGAAACUAAAAGCAAACCUUUAGAAGAAGCGACACAAAUGUUGAUAUACAUACGGAAACAAGAUAAAAACGUUGUCAAAGAUUUACUAAAAGACUUAGACGUCGAUAGUACUAAAAAUAAAGUGUCGACGAUCAGCUCGCCGACCACGGUACGAAUAAAGACAACGCAACCUGAACUGAUCAAACUGAACAGUAAGAAUUGUUCAAUAUUAAAUACUAGUCAAAAGAAAUCGCAACACAUGGGUACGAAAACAAUAAUAUCCGGCAAUAUACACAUACUAGACGCACAGCAAUCUAGGACAAUUCUUGCGAACGGUAAUAAAAAUCAAGCGACCAUCCUGAUAGACAAUUCCUCGUUAGGCAACAGUAGACAAAUUAUAAAGACGUCUGUAAAUGGUUCGUUUAAAGUCGACAGCCAAGCCAAGCUUUUAAAUAAUAAUGGCAAAGCUACCGUGGGAGAGUUUCCCAAGCCUGCCUACUCCUAUUCGUGUCUAAUAGCGAUGGCUCUAAAGAACUCCCGGACAGGAAGCUUGCCAGUCUCAGAAAUUUAUAAUUUCAUGUGUCAACAUUUCCCAUACUUCAAAACAGCGCCAAGUGGAUGGAAAAAUUCGGUGCGACACAAUCUUAGUUUGAAUAAAUGUUUUGAAAAAAUUGAAAAGCCUUCAACUAAUGGAAGUCAACGAAAAGGUUGUUUAUGGGCUAUGAAUCCAUCAAAAGUCGGAAAAAUGGACGAAGAGGUUUUGAAAUGGUCGAGGAAAGAUCCGCAAGCUAUCAAAAACGCUAUGGUUUAUCCAGAGAGUCUGGAGGCGCUGGAGCGCGGCGAGAUGAAGUACAGCGGCUUCGCGAGCGACACGGAGGCGGAGGACGACGCGGAGCCCGACGUGGACGCGGACCUCGACCCCGACCUCGAGAUAGACCCCGAGGUCAAGGAUGACGUCGACGAGGAAACCGUCCUGGAACAGGAGACGUCUGACCAGGAGCUGGAGGUGGAGGAGGUGGAGGAGGUGGUGGAGGGCACGGGCAUGGUGGGCGGCACGUACCGCCUGCUGGCCGCCGGGCCCUCCGCGCUCGCCUCCUACGUCACCGACCUCGACUCCGCAGAUGACGUCAGCGACGUUGAAGUAUUGGACCAGUCCUAUGAAGAAUAUGAUAUCGAUGUGACGAAACCAGUGAAGCUUGACCUGUCCAUGACGGGGGAUUAUUCAAUACAUACAGCAAAGAGGGCAAAGACGAAUUACAUCUAUCAGCCGGUGUCGACAAGCACGCAUACGAGCAGACGGAAAACCCCGCUCGUGAACCGAGUGGCGCUCAUAUAGACACGAGCGGAUUCGGGCGCAGCGCAAGUGCGGUAGCCAGUAGUGCAACCAGUGAACUAAUAUCUUAACUAAGAUAACUUUAACUUUUGAUUCUUGAGUGCAGUAGUUGUAGACGUGAGUGUGAAGAAAGUGAUAGUCCGUACCAGUUAAGUGUAUUUACCAUGUGGAUUACAUGCCAAACACUUGUUACAUAUCGUUCACUAUAAUAAGUGUAAUUAAGGCCCAUACUUCUUACAGUCGAGUGAGAGUUCCCUUAGUUUUUAGUUGGUUGUUGUCUCAGCCACUGUCAGUACAAACGUCGCUGUUGUUUCCACACAUUUGUGUCCAAGGGAAAUAAUCGAAGUUUUUUUUCGAAUAAUGGAAGUAUGAGAAAUGUCUGUAUUCAGCGGCGAAGGCAGAGCGGGUAUGUUUAUUAAAUCCCACCGCUUGUAUAUAUAUUUGUAUUACACGUGUGCUUAUAUUAAACUGGCAGCUACCUAAAGAAUCUCUUCUUACAUUUAAUAUUAAAGUCAGGUUGCAAACAUUUUUUUUGAAUUAGCCCCUUUCUUAAAUAAGUUGAGGAAAUCCGAAGAUGAUUUUCUUAAAAAUUGUGUUUUCUGUUCAAUUAUGUAUCUCUUAAAAUGAUGAAAUGUUUCUGUAUAAUUAUUAUGUCUUUGUUUCAAUAUGUUAUUAAAAAAAAACUUAUAAGCUCCAUGGCCUUAGAAAAUUUAAGGCUUAUGUUGUAUUUCUACAAAUAUUUUUCUAUAUGUAAGGAAACCAUAACUUCAAUUAUCAAUUUCUAUUCAAUAUUAGCAUAGCAAUAUAUUAUAAAACAAAGCUCAUUACACAAUAUCUGUUUUAACUGCACAAUUAUAACUGAACAGUUCAAACUGAAUGUAUGUACCGGGAUUUAGUCGUUGCACUUUAAUUUAUCGUUCUGGACAAUUAUUUGUUAAAACAUAAAUUAUUCGAUCUAUUAACAAUACUAUAAAUUGGAAUACUAGAAUUUUAUUUUUACUAAAACUGGUAACACAGUUUAAAUUGAAGGUGUGUUACCAGUUUUAAAAAUAAUGAAUACAAGUUUUGAAUUUUUAUUCAGAACUUUUAUUUGUUAAAUAUACACUGUUUAUAUUUUAGUUAUAAUAUAUAGCAAAUUUUGUUUGUGAUUUCUUAAAAAAAUUAACACUCUUAUGAGACUGAAAUGCAAUUUUUGAAUUAUACAAUAGACACCAUUACCAACUUUCCCAGUUAAGAUUAAAACUUGCAUUUAAUGUACUAGACUACUUAUUACAUCAAAAAUGAUAGUGUUUUAGGUUUUUAGGUAAAACAUAUAAAAAUUGUGAUUUUAAACCUUGAAUUUGAAAUUUUUUUUUAAGUUAACUUUGUUUAGGAAUUAUUUCAUUUUUUACACACAUUCAAGUGAUACAAAAUGUGUAAUGAUAAACAAUAACAUUAUAAUAAAUAAAAAAAAGACCUUGCCCAGUUAGUAAAGGAAUCUUUUUUAUUAAAUAAGGAUUCCUGUAUUUUAUAAAAUUGAAAUUUCCGUGUGAUUAUUUAUAUGCAAGCAAUCUCUUUUUACUAUUAACUAUUAGAAGUGAAACUGUGAUAUGAGAUUGCUAGUAUUCAUAUAAAUCAGUGUGAGUUUGUAUUAAGCAAAGAUUAAACCACAUAAAUAGGCCCUUUUCAGAAAAUACAGACUUUUCCCCAUCUGAAUUAAUGAUAGAAAUGUUAAAACAAACAUACAUACAAUGUAAGCAUGGUUUAUAAUUUUACUUUGUUUACAAAUGCCUUUUUAUGUGCUGAAAUCUUUGCUUUGUUUCUUUUGCUAUUCUCUCUAAUUAUAGCUUGAAUUUGAUCCCGAGCAGACAUUUUAUUGUGUGUAAUGUUUUAUGUCUCUUAUAGAAGAUUUUAUGAAGAAUUUAUAGAAAUUCUAAAAUAUAAUUUUCUAUCUUAUAUGUUAGAUAAGUGAACUACUGUUAAAACCCUUAAAAACAAUGUGAAAUGUAACACUGAAAAUAAAAUAAUAUUGCUUGUGUUCUUGGCAACACUUGAUGUUCUGUUGCCAAGUUAAUGAUCAUUCAUUAUUUUUAAAAAUUAGUACAGUCAUUCACUCAAAGAUUAUAUAAAUCUAUUUUGAUUACUAAAAUAUGUUUUCUCCAUUAGUAUAUAACUAAUUUCCAAUCUUAGACAACUAAGACAUGAAAUGCACUUUUCUCUAUCAGUAUACUUUGUUGAGGUCAUUAAUUAAAAAUGGGACAUAUAAUGUAAAAUGGUACAUCUAUUAAGAUAUGUGAUACUUUACAUUGAACGGAACAAAAUGAAACUUUUUGCAUAUAUAAAAUAUUCAUCUGAAAUGAGGAAGGAUAGUUCAAAAAUUACUUUCUAGAUAAUAUAAAUGAUACAUUAACUAGAAAUUUAACGUUUCCUUAUAUUGUAUUUAUAUUCAUGUGUGUAAUAAUUUGUUAACACUUAAACUUUUCUUCAUGUAAUUUUAAAAAACGUUAUAGAACUCAAGGCCAAUAAGAAUACUAUGGGGGUAUAUACUAGUAACUCAUAAAAGCUGCCAUUUUAUCACUUUUCUACUGUAGUAAGAAAUAGAAAACCAUUGGGUUUUUUUAAUGUAUUCUUAAUCUAAUAGUGUGCAAUUCUGUAAAUAUUUUAAGUCUUUUCGAAUACUAAUUUGGUAGUUGCCAGUAAUCGGACCAUAUAAUUCAUUCCUUAAAUGCUAGAAGCCUGCAAUAAUGCAUAAGUAGAAGAGAUUAAGGUGUUCACGAGAUUUUGUAAACAAUUUACUGGCCAUUUAACCGUUGACUAGCAGAUGUUUAGACGUAUCUUAAUAUAAGUGACGUAUUUUUCCACUGCCAGUAUUUCAACAUCCACGAAUUGUAAGUGUAAUACAUAAGAUUAGAAUAUAGUUUAGUUUAUAGCUAUAGAAGCUAAGUUGAAUGAUUUUUAAUAAUUUUUUUGUAAUAAAAUGAAAGUAAUAA